AUGGCAUUACACCAGUAUCUAUCAGAAACUUAUGGACCUAAUAAACCUAAAAGUAAGACGAAGAAGAGGAACAAAGAUGCAAAAUCAGACGCUAAUCUUGACAGACCUUCUCUAGUGGUGAAAGAACGGCUAAGCACACUAAAUCAGCAGCAGCAAAAGCCAGGAGCCAUUUCAAGCAACAAACCUGAUAAACAGAACAGCAAGAAUAUAUGGAAAAACUUGGAAACAAACGAGAUAUCCCAUGAAAUAACACGUCCUUCUACAUCGUCAAUUAUCGGUAAGAACGAUAAGAAUAAUGUGAAAGAAACCAACGCCCAAGAGCCACUUGGAGUAGUAACCGAAAACCCCAAAACGCGAGUGACCGUAUAUAGAGAUUCUCAAGGUCACAAGAUACAAAAUAAUUAUGAGUUUAACGAUUCAAUUUCUAGCCGAUCACAAUCUGCAGAUGAUGAAGCCGCAGAAAGAGAACAAUAUCUGAGAACUUUAAAUAUGGGGGACGUACAAAAGCUUGGAAUUAAUGUGGACGCACUAGAGAGAAAGAAAAACCAACCUGCUUCGAGUUUGACGGUAGAAGAUCCUGCAAUGAUAUUUACACAUGAUGAAAAAAAAACUAUAAAAACUUCAUUACUAGGUCGUAAGCUUUAUGAUAAGGUAGCACCAGAGAACAGGUUCGCUAUAACACCUGGAUCAAGAUGGGAUGGUGUCCACAGGUCAAAUGGCUUUGAAAGAAAGUGGUUUGCGAAGCAAAACGAAAUCAAUGAAAGGAGAAUACAAAGUUAUACCUUACAAGAAGACUACUGA